CCGUGAGGUGAAAAUUGAAAAGGAGUGGAGAAAGAAAAGUGCGUAAAAAAUGUAGCAUGAAGCUUGCAAGCCGGGACGAGAAGUAAGCUCACACCUAUCAUUCUAUAAAUCUGCCCAGCAGGCACCUCCCCCUUUCCACCUUUCUCUUUCUCAGCCAUCUCUGUUUUCUGUAAAUUCCAUCCAAAAACAAAAGAUUUUCUCCUCAAACAAAAACAGAUCGAAGAUCGAUCGAUCAGCUAGCUGCUGCACUAGCUUAGACCGGUUACAUAUACGUACGUAGGUUGAUGACGUCGUCGGAUGGUGGACCAAUGAAAAGCGGCGCCCAGGGAAGGAGCCGGCAGAUGCUGAAGAAGGGGCCGUGGACGACGGCAGAGGACGCGAUUUUGAUGGAAUACGUGAAGAAGCACGGCGAAGGGAACUGGAACGCGGUCCAGAGGAACUCCGGGCUGAUGAGGUGCGGUAAGAGCUGUAGGCUAAGGUGGGCCAAUCAUCUCAGGCCUAAUCUCAGAAAGGGCGCCUUUUCUCCCGAUGAAGAACGUCUCAUUGUUCAGCUUCAUUCCAAGCUCGGCAACAAGUGGGCUCGCAUGGCCGCUCAGUUGCCGGGAAGAACUGAUAACGAGAUAAAGAAUUAUUGGAACACGAGGCUAAAGAGGAGACAGAGAGCUGGAUUGCCUAUUUAUCCUCAAGAAAUUCAACCCCAAAACUCAUACUAUCCCAAUGCCCAGAUCCUAAUGUCCACCUCUUCUUCACCUCCCCUGUCUGCGCUUCUAUCAGCGCCGCCGCCGCCACCCAAGCCCGCCGCCGCUUACAAUCCCUCUAUGUCCAUGUACGACCACAUGUUGGACCGUUCUCCGGCGGCCUUGAAAUCUCCCGCUCCACCUCCCCAUACCCAUAAUUCUCAUCAUUUCAAGUUUCUCACACGCUCUGCGCACGGUGAUCUUGCUUUGACGUUGGCCUCAUCCUCCUCCUCGGCGGCGGCCAAUAAACAUUUCGGUCAGGCACCGCUUCCAUUCCCGUUCAGCUCCCUCUAUCCAACCUUCGCCGGCGGCGGUUGCUUCGCGGGUCCAACGGGAAUGAAAAUACAAGAGCGACCUUCAAUCCAAACCGCCGUGCAAACAACCGCCACCCCGGUAAGAUUUUCCGGGACUCUUUACCCGGCGGCGACCGACGAGGCUGACGAUGAUGACUGCGAAGCUGAUCACCCGGAUUUAUCGCGGAGCAACAGUGGAUUAUUGGACGAAUUAUUGCGCGAGUCUCAUUCUUUGGCGCGAGUUAACAAAAAUUAUUCUUCAGAUGGAAACGGAAAACACAAAUCUACGAUCGGAAAUCAAGAAGUGGUGUUUAGUUUUGGCCGUGAAGGUUCGAUUUUCAAACUAAAAUACUCCCUCCAUCCUUAGAACUUUACCUCUUACUUUUCAAAAAUCAAUGAUCAUAUAUUUUGAUUAAUGAUUUUAGUUACUACAUUAAUUUAUGAAUUAUUAGUCUGUAUUUCUAACGAAGAGCAUUUUCAUAUUUUCAUAUGUAGGAUCAUAAAUAAUUGGUUUAAUUAUCAAAAUAGGACUAAAAGUCACUCACUUUGCACAAAUAGGACUAAAAAAUAAACUGUGUUUUCAUACGACUAAUUAUGUGUGUCUUGAACAAAUAUACCUUUAUAGCUAUUGAAAUGUUUUAAUUCAUAAUAAAAUAAUAAUUAAUAAUAAAAAAUCGUAAAAAAUACUAAAAAAUUAAUAAAAAUAUUUCGAUAAUACUAAAAAAUUCGUAAUUUAUUUAUUUUUUUUUCAAAAAAUAAAUAAAAAUGAUUUUUUAAAAAAAAUAAAAAACUCAAAAAAAAAAAACACCGCCGCCUAUGCCACCUCUGCACCACCACCUCCAGCCAUCAGGGGAAAAAAAUGCCAAGUUCAUUACGAAUACCAUAUUUAUGGCAGAAAACAAUGAAAAUGUUGGCAUUCUCAAAGAGAAAUAUGCCAUGUUUUUGGCAUUUUCAGAAAAAAUGACAGUUUUUAGGAAAAAUGACAUUUUUUCCACCGGCCGGAGAUGGUGGUGCAGGGAGAUAGUACAGGCGGUGGGAAAGACAUCCAUAUUUUUUAAAUUUUUUUUAUGGAGUUUUACUAUUUUUUAUUAAUUUUUUUAAAAAAUAAAAAAUUAAAAAAAAAUUAUUUUUUAAUUUUUUAUUUUAUAAAUAUUUUAUAAAUGUUUUAAAUAUUUUUCUACGAAUUUUUGAUUUUUUUUUUUGAAUUUAUUAUGAAUUAAAUAUUUUAUUAACUCAUAUUUAAAGGAAGGGUAAGAAUGGAAUGAAAAAUAGAUAUGUUUCCAAUAGGACUAAUAUGAUCCUAUUUUGAAAAGAAAAACAUAGUAAGUCCUAUUUUGAGUUUUUGGCAUAGUUUUAGUCCUAUUUGGAGUAAUUUCUAUAAAUAAUUGGGUUUUUAAGAAACAAUAUUUAAAUGCUAAAAAAAGAAAUAAUGUUUAAAUGAAACUUAUAAACGAAUGUACUAUAAAUAUGCCAAUAUGCCAUUAUUGUAAGUAUUAUGUAAAACUAAACAUAAUCAUGAUGACUAAAGUUACUAUUAUAAGAAGUUAUAAUUUUGUCCAUUACCUUAAUUUUAGUAAUAUAUAAGUCAUUAUAACCGAAUAAUUUCUUAUAAAAAUAUAUAAUCAGUCAGAGUUGAGGUUGAUUGACUAAAAAUUACAAAAUGACAAAGUUCUAAAGAAUAGAGGAGUGAUUAUAUGAUGAGAAAUUCAAUCAAAUAUUCUUAGAUUCCUAUGCUCCAUAUUUUACUAACAAAUUUAAAUAUGUGAUUAAUACUUAAAUUGAAGAGGGAAAAAUCAGGAUAGAAGCAUGUAUCAUAUAUCUAAAAAUACCAGUGAUUUAGUAAUAAAAAAUAAAUGACUUAAAAUAGAACUAAAACAUGAACAAAAUUUAAUAUUAAAUUACAUAUGAUUUCUUCCAAAUACAGGACUAAUUUACUCAUAUUAAAGGAAUAAGACAUUAAACUCUCCUCAAAAUAUGAGUGAAUAAGACCUGUUUAGACUUUAUAACACUCCUAUGGACUUUUCUCAAAUAAAUUAUGACAUUGUUUAGCCAAUUUUAAUCAUACUCCUUGUGAUAUUUUCCUUAUAUGAUUACGCGUGUAAAUGAAUAGAUUGAAGUAGCAAUUUAAUUAAAUAUAUUUAUGCAAUCAAUAAAUACAGGGAAAUGGGAAGGUGGAGUUGCAGCGGGGAAGGAGAGUAAUAACAAUAGUUGUGUGAUGGACGAGGAUAUAAUGUGUUUGCUUGACGAUUUUCCGUUGGCAGUACACGUUGCUCCUGAUUGGUACGAGGAUGAAGAUGAAGACGGAAACGGUGAUCUUGUGGACGGUCCUAGUGGUGGUCAUGUCGCUAACGUUGUUAGAAAUCACAAAGAAGAUUCAAAAUCGUCAAGCACAAUCACAACCUCAGAGACGACGUUGUGCUGGAAUAACAUGCCAUGUAUUUCCUAGACUACAGAUAUCUCCUAGAAUUAGCCAUCUUGUGUGUCGUUAUUUAGGUUAUAUAUAGUGGAUGAAUAAAAAUAUUAUGCUCAAAUUUGG